CUGAACAGAGCAAACAGCAAAGUCAUCUACAGCCACAGGCCGGUUCCCCAGCCCCAGUCCAUAGCUGCCUCGUGCAGGGAGGUGGUGGCUCUUCGGUCCCCAGACGGAGCCCGUGAGUGACACCCCAGGCGGAGGAGCCCGGAGCCAUGCAGAGUCCCGGGGCCUUGCUCGUGCAGCUGACCGCCUGCCUGGCGGUGAGUGCCAGCCCUGUGACGACGUUGCCCGACGACAUCCAAGUGCAGGAGAACUUCGACCUGUCUAGGAUCUACGGGAAAUGGUUCCACGUGGCCGUGGGUUCCACCUGCCCGUGGCUGAAGAGGUUCAAGGACAAGAUGACCAUGAGCUCGCUGGUGCUGGGAGAGGGAGCAACGGACGGGGAGAUCAGCGUGACUAAUACUCACUGGCGGAAAGGUGUCUGUGAGGCGAUCUCUGGGGCUUAUGAGAAAACAGGCACUGACGGAAAGUUCCUCUAUCACAAACCCACAUGGAACAUCACCAUGGAGUCCUAUGUGGUCCACACCAACUAUGAUGAGUAUGCCAUUUUUCUGACCAAGAAAUUCAGCCGCCGCCAUGGACCCACCGUUACUGCCAAGCUCUAUGGACGGGAGCCACAGCUUCGGGAAACCCUGCUGGAGCAGUUCAGGGAAGUUGCCCUGGGUGUGGGCAUCCCUGAGGACGCCAUCUUCACGAUGCCCGACAGAGGUGAGUGUGUCCCUGGGGAGCAGGAACCAGCACCCACUCCACUCUCGAGAGCCCGGCGGGCUGUUCUGCCCCAGGAAGAGGAAGGAUCAGGAGCUGGACAACUAGUAACUGAUUUCGGCAAGAAAGAAGAUUCCUGCCAGCUGGGCUACUCACAAGGUCCUUGCCUGGGGAUGAUUCAGAGGUAUUUCUAUAAUGGCUCAUCCAUGGCCUGCGAGACCUUCCACUAUGGUGGCUGCAUGGGGAACGGCAACAACUUUGUCUCGGAGAAGGAGUGUCUGCAGACCUGCCGGACCGUGGAGGCCUGCAAUCUCCCCAUAGUCCCUGGCCCCUGCCGAGGCUCCACCCAGCUCUGGGCAUUUGAUGCUGUCAAGGGGAAGUGCGUCCUCUUCAUCUACGGGGGCUGCAAGGGCAACAGCAACCAGUUCUACUCAGAGAAGGAGUGCAAGGAGUACUGUGGCAUCCCUGGUGAAGGGGAGGAGGAGUUGCUGCGCUUCUCCAGCUGAGCGGCCCACAGGCCAGAGGUCCACAGGCCACAGGGAGCGCGAGGGCCAGUGUCUGCCCCAGGGUCCCGCGGCAGGUUCCAAUAAAAAGCAAAUUGUAAACUCCUGAAAUUCCAUGUCCUGACGAUUCAUCACGAAGUAUAAUGAGAUGGGGGGAGGGGAGGGGGAGACAAGCUGGGGAGCGGGCAUGAGUAACCCCAGCUUUCCCCACAUGUGAAAAAUGUAUGUGUUGGAAGUGUAAUAGAGCCAUCUUCAGGACAUGAAAUUGGCUAUGCAAAUUAUGAAACAUAAAUCACAGUUCUGUAUAAAA